ACCGAAACUCGAAACAGGCAACAACAACCUUCACUUGGCUGGCUUUUAAGCGUUUAGCUAACAGCCAUGGCGUUUGUUAUGAAACUUCUGUUUCUGUCUGCGUUAGCGUAUAGUGCUAAUGGCGGGAUCCUGACUGGAGAACACAGCUCUGAUUCCUUCUUAUCAUCAGCUCUAAAUUCUCCAUCGGCUAACUUCGGUUCGCCGUCUACUUCUUACGGACCUCCAGCUCCAGCUUUGGAUUUAAGUGGACCAGGAGCGAGUGCCGAUGGAAGCUUAUUAGCAGAUGAUCACUCUUCAGGCUUGGAGUCUGUUAACAAUGGACCUGUUUCGUUCGGUGAUCAACCCUUAGCCAGUGGUCCAUCUCAUGGAUUCGGCGACUCUGGAAUCAGUGGCCCCGGGCUUAAUGGUCCAGGUUUGUCCAACGGAGUGACCUUUGGGAGCGAUGCAGGUUUUGGAGGUUCCGCAUUAGGAGCUGGACCGAUCCAAAGCGGUGCCCCAGUUCUAGGACCGAGCGGAGGUGAUGGCGCUUUACUUGAUGCUGCCGCAUCGGGUCCUGCCUUCGGAAAUCCCAUUGGCCCAAUCCUCGACACCGGACUCGCUGGCCCCGCCAACGGUGCUCUCGGCGCUUCACGCGUACUCGGCACCACCGUUACCGUCGGCCGCCCAGUAGCAGGCGCCAGCAGAUACGAAUUACAGUCUGUGGUACAAAACGUCGUUCGUCGCAUCCCAGUGGAAGUGACCCGCCACAUUCAAGUGUCGGUACCACAGCCCGUGCCUGUCCCAGUCCGUCAGGAAGUCAGGGUGCCAGUGCCUCAGCCCUACCCGGUUCACGUUGACGUCGUAAAACAUGUCCCUUACCCUGUCUAUAAAACUAAGCACGUCGAGGUGGAAAGACCAGUGCCUGUCGAGGUGGUGAAGCAUGUGCCAUUCGAAGUCAUUAGGAAGGUACCGAUCCCAGUGGAAAGGCCUUACGAGGUUAUCAAGAAAGUUCACGUCCCCGUGGAGAAGCACGUGGAGGUACCAGUGCCAGUAUGGAAGCCUUACCCCAUCCACAUCAUCAAGCACGUCACCCACUACAAAAAGAAGAGCUGCUGCUGGUGAAUAAAAUAUGAAAAAAACUGUCAUGAUCCUACCAAAUAGUCAAUACAAUUGUAAAUAUUGAUAGUCAUUAGCUGUAAUAAUAAACUGUGUAUAUUUUUCUAAGAUUUUUAUAUCAAAA